CCUAGGAAAGAGAAUGCUCCCAGGAAUGAACACGUUCCCAGGAAGGGAAAUAUUCCUAGGAAAGAGAAUGCUCCCCGGAAAGAAAGUGCCCCCAGGAAAGAAAGUGCUCCCAGGAAUGAACACGUUUCCAGGAAGGGAAAUAUUCCUAGGAAAGAGAAUGAUCCCAGGAAAGAAAGUGCUCCCAGGAAAGAAAGUGCUCCCAGGAAAGAAAGUGCUCCCAGGAAAGAAAGUGCUCCCAGGAAUGAGCACGUUCCCAGGAAA